AUGGGUGACCGAUCGAGCAACAUCUCUUAUACUGAAUUCCAGUUAAUUGGAUUCACAGAUCUUAAAGAAUACCGUCCUCUACUCUUCAUCCCUUUUUGCAUCAUCUUAGUGUACUCAUUAUUUGCUAAUGCCAUUUUGAUGUUUGUCAUUGCAAAACACAGAAAAUUACAUGCUCCCAUGUAUAUUCUAAUUGGACUGAUUGCAGCUUUGGGGUUUUUUGUGCCAAUAUAUUUUGUUCCAAGGAUGCUAGUCAGUUUUUUGUGGAACCUGAAUACAAUUACACGACAUGAGUGUCUAAUACAAAUGUUUUGUCUGCAUUUUUCUGGUUGUUUUCAAUCCAGCAUCUUACUUGGAAUGGCUGUGGACCGAUAUUUUGCAAUUAUUUUCCCCUUGCGUUACAAUAACUUUGUAAGUUUGAAAAACUCAAUGCUUUUCUCUGCAAUUCUUAGCAUUCGUAACACUGUUAUCAUUGUUGCCAUGGUUAGUCUAGUUGUGCCACUUACUUUUUGUAGAACAAAUAUGAUUUACCACAGCUUCUGUGAGCAUACAUCGGUUGUAAAUAUAGCUUGUAGUGAUAUUACUAAAAACUAUUUAGCGCUUACGAUAGCUUUUGGAAUACCAUCCUUUGAUUGUUUCGUCAUUUUUUGCUCUUAUGUCAUAAUUUUUGUUGUUAUAUUUCGGUCUCCUUCAGGGGAAUCCCGCCAAAAAGCCAUUCACACAUGCACUACACACAUUAUGGGCAUAGCAGUAGCCUAUAUCAGUGUUGUUACUGCAUUUGUAGGGUAUAGGGUAGCUACAAUACCACGAGAUGUACGUAUCUCAACUAGUGCGAUGUAUCUUCUUCUUCCUGGAAUCUGCAACCCUGUUAUUUAUGGUCUCAGAACCACAGAAAUUAGAACACAAAUUGUUAAACUGUUUAAAAGUAAUAAAGUUUCAACUUUUUGA